GCAACUCUCUUAUAAAUUCCCUUCAAAACCCACUCAUUUCCGCCUCUUUCGUUGCGCUCUGACUUCUAAACCCUAGCUCUCCAAAACCCUUACUCUUACACCUACGCCUUCUCCGUAUCGAUGGAGUUUUGGGGAGUUGAAGUUAAACCAGGCAAGCCUCUUAAAGUGCAGCCUGAUGAAUUUUAUCUUAUCCAUCUUUCGCAGGCAUCGCUUGGGGAGUCAAAAUCAAGUGAGACUGUACCCAUCUUUGUUAAGGUUGGUGACCAGAAGCUUGUUCUGGGAACUCUGUCCCAUGAACAUAGCCCUCACAUACCUUUUGAUUUAGUAUUUGACAAAGAGUUUGAGCUUUCUCACAACUGGAAGAGUGGGAGUGUUUACUUCUUGGGCUAUAAAACUCCUUUCCCGGAUGAUGAAGGAAAUGAGGAACUUUUUGGUGGUAAGUUAUGGAAUAUGAAGUUUCAAAAUUUUUUGAUGUCUGAGGAUGAGGAUGAUGAGAGUGAUGAUUCAGAUGAUGAAGAUGAAGAGACGCCCAAGAAGGUUGAAGUGAGCAAGAAGAGGGCCAAUGAGUCUGCAACAAAAACUCCUAUCCCUGCAAAGAAGGCAAAAGCAGCUACUCCUCAAAAGACAGAUGGCAAGAAAGGUGGUCAUACUGCGACUCCUCACCCAGCAAAGCAGGCUAAGAACAAUUCUCAGAGUCCUAAAUCAGGCGGUCAAUUCUCUUGCAGUAGCUGCAGCAAGAAAUUUACGUCUGAGGUUGGUCUACAGUCGCACACAAAGGCUAAACAUAGUGGAAAGUGAAGUAGUAUGCUGGUGUAAGCAUGAUAGGAUGUGUUUAUCACAAGGUUUUGGUAGAUGAGAAGUAAACCGGAGGGAGGCGCUAAUAGGUAGUAUUGUUGAGUAUUUUUGUAUUUGCCUUUACAUUUUUUUCUUGGGAUUCGAUGUUGCAUUUUAUAUUUUUAUAAUACAAACUUUGUUCACUUGCUUAUUUCCUAACAAGUCCUAUGAAAUACUAUACAAUUACCUGGUGAA